ACCAAGCUUUGCAAGGCAAGAGGAAAGCAGAAGUUGUUUUUCUUUUCUUGUGAGAAGUGGUUUCUCCUCUAUUAGACCUUCGCUGCCCACAGCGUCUUGCCUCGAGGAUGGCGUCCUUGCACCUUCCCAUGUCCAUGCUGCUGCUGGUUGUGGCCGUUGCUCUCCUGUCCACCGAUGCUCAGCAGCUGCCCAAGCUGCCCAACCUACCCACACUGUCGAAAUCACUCAAGGACAACACAAACGAUCCAAAUCAGGCUAAGGCACGCGAAGCAAUCAAAAACACACUGAGCAAAUUUGGAGACAUAUCCAAGCUGUUGAGAAGUGCCCCCAAAUCCCAUCCCUCUAAAUCUGGAUCGCAUCCAGUGCCAACACUGUACAACCAAGCCUCUGGAUCUUCUGUCUUCAACACACUUGCCAAGAGUCUGAACAUUGAUGUCAGCAAGCUCUCCGCUUCUUGCCGUCGUGACGCGGGCACUGCCAAUGCCCAGUGUUUUUCCGAAAUAAGCUCUUGCAUUAAGGCGCACAAUCUCGGUGCUGCUGCGUGCGGAAACGUGAUGACGCACUGCACCAAGCGGUGCACCGGCAACACGAACUGCACGGUGGCCCUGCACCUGCUGGUCACCACGCCGCUCCAUCUGAAGGCUGGCGUGUGCAUGCCAGCAAGCUGUGGCGGUGCACACCUUCGCAGCACGCUCAUCGCUCUGAACAAGGCAAUCUACGCCAAGGCCUCGGCGAUUGCGCUGCAGAAGACGCUUGUCUACAACCCGAUCGAGAAGUCGGUGAUGACCUGCUCCCAUGGCAGCAGCAGUUGCGAUAGCUACGCGUGUACGUUUGCAUCCAUCGGCUCCAGCACCGCCGCAGGUCACGCCGGCCAGAACUCCACUCUAAAUAAAGCCAAACAACAACAACAACAGCACAAGACUCAGAACGCGCACGGGAGUGGCGGUCACAGAGCUCACGGUGCUGCUCCCGAUGGUGUGCGUACUGCUCGUCCAUACCCCGGCCGCGCCGUUACACACAAGCCAGCACAGCAGAAGUACCCAGGCCUAAACAGCCGCUCUCAGCUUGUCUGUGACGAGAGCCAGGUGUGCGGUAAAUGUCACAGCGACAGCGUGUGCUGUCACAUCGGCGACUUCAAGAUCGGCUGCACAUCCGAAGCGGUGGCGGAGCUGCUGGGCGAGUUGUUCGAGCAGGACCUUAGCCAGGUCACCGCGCAAUGCCAAGUGGAGCUGCUUGUCGAGAAGCGACAGUGCAUCAAGACCUACGAGCAGUGCAUCACGCAGGCCGAGGGACUGCUCCCUCUCGCCGCCUCCCAGGCCAGGCUACUCGGCAAGGCGCCGAGCGCGGCGUUGCUGGUCUCACGUCUAGGAGCGUGCACCAAGCUGGGACAAUGCCUGACGGAGACCGGGCAAGGUGAUGCGGCCGUCGGCCCGCAUGUGCCGGGCACGUUCCGCUCCGGAUCAUGCAACACCUCGGUGACGUACUACGCUGCCGAGUCGUCGCGUCCGAGCACGUACAAUGCGUCGCUCAUGCUGCCGCGCUCCUGUCAGACGCACGGCAACCUGAACGUGAUUGCCCAGGCCGUCGGCCGCAUCAUCUGCUCGCCGCUCUGCCUCCUGGCCGAACAGCUGGAGGCGCUUGGUAUUGACUCUAGCGAGCUGCCCGCCGGUCUCGAUCUCAGCCAGUGCCCAGUGGACCGUGUCAGCUUCCACUGCACUAGCCAAGGCAAAACCAGCGCCAGCACUCACUACCCGCAGGUCGAGUCCUGCCCUUCGCUGGAGCCUCUGCUCGAGCCAUUCUUCCCAGAGCCAGUCGACAAUAACCUGAACAAGGUGAAGGUCAGCGUGUGGGAGGACAAGUGGUUCAUCGUUGGCGUGGUAACCAGCGGCAUCGUCGGCUUCGGUCUGCUCGUCAUGCUGCUCCGCUGGCGCAUGACCGUUACACGCCGUCGCCAAGCCCAGACGUUCACGUACGCAACGCUCAACGACGACAUGGUCGUCAGUGCCGUCGAGUAAGGGCCCCGCUUUCGUUUGCCGUGACGAUGACGGCGUUGUGUCCGUGCAGCAGCAGAACGGCGCAACCUUGUCUGUGCACGUGCCUGCUCUCGUCUGUGCACGUGCUGGAACAUGCGUGUCUGUUGGUUGCGUGAGGCAAGUACUGUCCUCUAGUCCUGUGACUCGGGCGGUGGGUAAGGUAUGUGUGAACAACUGCUCUUGCUUUCCGCCUGCGAACUGGCCUUGGCGUGAACAUUCUGCUACAUGCAUCAUGCGAGCAACACAGUGUGUGUGUGUGUGUGUGUGUGUGUGUGUGUGUGUGUGUGUGUGCGUGCGUGCGUGUGUGUGUGUGGGCAUGUGUGCCUUGAUACGGUUCUUCACUAUUGCUUUAGUACAUUCGUGCAGGUCACUGCUGUAUUGGCCGACACAGCAGCAGGGUUGGCGUUGCUCACAUAUGGACACCAUGCUGACCACUGUACAGACCUGAAUAGCCGUCGGCAGUAGAAACGGUUGUUUUGUCAGAUCAAGGUUGCCUGCUCUGUUUUUUUUGUUUUUUAGUUUUUUUAGUUUUCGUACAAGUAAUUCCAUUGGUUGACCGUUGUUGUGUGUGUGUGUGCGUGUGUGUGUGUGUGCACGCAUGUGUGUGGUGUGUGUGUACAUUGUAUGUGCCACUUAGCCCAGUUGAACUUUGAAUUCAUGACUCACGCUAGUCUGGUCCUGGCUAUGCCGUCAAUUUGCUUUCGUCGAUAGCAACAAGGGUAAACCGCGGUGAUGUGUUUUCUUUGGUUUCCUUUAUUUCUGUUCCCCCCAUUGUCAUGCACUCAUUCAAGUCAUUCUACCUUGAGUCACUGUACAUUGGACAUUUACUAGCACUGGUGAUACAUUUGAACGGCCUGAUCGAUACCGAUGCUUGCC